AUGCUGUUUUCGGGGAGAAGAGAUCCCAGAGCCAGGUAUUUAUUGUUUUUGCUUCUGCUCUUCCCAGCCUGGGGAGCAGGGAGCGGCCAGCUACGCUACUCAAUCCCAGAAGAAGCCAAACACGGCACCUUCGUGGGUCGCAUCGCGCAGGACCUGGGGCUGGAGCUGGCGGAACUGGUGCCACGUCUGUUUCGGGUGGCAUCCAAAGUCCGUGGGGACCUUCUGGAGGUAAAUCUGCGGAAUGGCAUUUUGUUUGUGAAUUCUCGGAUUGACCGGGAGGAACUGUGCGGGAGGAGUGCGGAGUGCAGCAUCCACCUAGAGGUGGUGGUGGACAGGCCACUGCAGGUGUUUCAUGUGGAGGUAAACGUGAAAGAUAUUAAUGAUAAUCCACCGGUCUUCAGAAGCAGAGAACAAAGGUUAUUUAUUCCUGAAUCUAGACUUCUGGCUUCGCGUUUUCCAAUAGAGGGUGCUGCUGAUGCAGAUAUUGGUGCCAACGCCCAUCUAACAUACACCCUCAGUCCCAGUGAUUAUUUCUCUUUGCAAGUACAGGCAAGUGAUGAACAGAGUAAUUCUCUUUCUCUUGAAUUGAGGAAAUCUUUGGAUAGAGAAGAAACACCAGAACUUCAUUUAUUGUUGACAGCCAUUGAUGGGGGCAAACCAGAGCUGGAAGGUACACUUGAGCUACUUAUUACCGUGCUGGACGUUAAUGAUAACGCCCCCCUGUUUGACCAAGCCGUGUACAGAGUCCACUUAUUAGAGACUACAGCAAAUGGAACAUUAGUGACCACAUUAAAUGCCUCUGACGCUGAUGAAGGUUUAAAUGGUGAAGUUGUCUUUUCCUUUGACAGUGGUAUUUCUCCUGACAUUCAAGAAAAAUUCGAGGUUGAUUCCAGCUCAGGAGAAAUUAGAUUAAUUGAUAAACUGGAUUAUGAAGAAACAAAAUCUUACGAAAUUCAGGUAAAGGCAGUUGAUAAAGGAAGCCCUCCGAUGUCAAAUCAUUGCAAGGUUUUGGUGAAAGUGCUAGAUGUAAAUGAUAAUGCCCCAGAACUGGCAGUCACUUCCCUGUCCUUGCCGGUCAGAGAGGACGCUCCACCCAACACAGUUAUCGCCCUCAUCACCGUGUCUGACCUUGACUCAGGAGACAAUGGGCAGGUCACCUGCUCCCUGACGCCCCAUGUCCCUUUCAGACUGGUGUCCACCUUCAAGAAUUACUUUUCAUUGGUGUUGGAUAACGUCCUGGACCGUGAAAGUGUGUCUGUCUAUAAGGUGGUGGUGACAGCUCGAGACGGGGGUUCGCCUUCUCUGUGGGCCACAGCCACUGUGUCUGUGGAGGUGGCCGACGUGAACGACAACGUACCGGUGUUCCCGCAGUCCGAGUACACUGUGUUUGUGAAGGAGAACAACCCGCCGGGCUGCCACAUCUUCACUGUGUCGGCGUGGGACGCGGACGCGCUGGAGAACGCACUGGUGUCCUAUUCGCUGGUGGAGAGGCGGGUGGGUGAGCGCGCGCUGUCGAGCUUUGUGUCCGUGCACGCUGAGAGCGGCAAGGUGUACGCGCUGCAGCCACUGGACCACGAGGAGCUGGAGCUGCUGCAGUUCCAGGUGAGCGCUCGGGAUGCAGGCGUGCCACCUCUGGGCAGCAACGUGACGCUGCAGGUGUUCGUGCUGGAUGAGAACGACAACGCGCCUGAGCUGCUGGCGCCUUGGGUGGGUGGUACCCGCAGUGCGGUGAGUGAGUUUGUGCCUCGGUCUGUGAGCGCUGGCCACGUGGUGGCGAAGGUACGGGCAGUGGAUGCUGACUCUGGCUACAACGCAUGGCUGUCUUAUGAACUGCAGCUGGUGACUGGCAGUGCACGCAGCCCGUUCCGCGUGGGUCUGUACAACGGCGAAAUCAGCACUACUCGUGCCCUAGACGAGGCUGACUCACCGUUCCAGCGCCUGCUUGUUCUGGUGAAGGACCAUGGCGAGCCAGUGCUGACUGCCACGGCAACCGUGCUGGUGUCAUUGGUGGAGAGUGCCCAGGCACCUAAGGCAUCGUCUCGUGUGUUAUCGGGCGCCAUUGGCCCGCAGGCGGCUCUGGUGGAUGUCAACGUGUACCUGAUCAUCGCCAUUUGCGCGGUGUCCAGCCUGUUGGUGCUCACGUUGCUGCUGUACACCGCGCUGAGGUGCUCGGCGCCUCCCACUGAGUAUGCAUGCAGGCCGGGUAAGCCGAAACUGGUGUGCUCCAGCACGGUGGGGAGUUGGUCAAAUUCGCAGCAGAGGCGACAGAGGGUGUGCUCUGGGGAGGGUCCUCCCAAGACUGAUCUCAUGGCUUUCAGCCCAGGCCUGUCUCCUGGUCUGAACUCGUCAGAAAGAAAUGAACAUACAGAAGGAAUUUCGGAUAUAUCCGUUAAUGUAAGUCCAAUUUUCAAAGGCUUUGAAUUUCUUUUUUACGUUUAA